GUCAAGCGCAGGGAUCAUCAUAGCGCAUCGUCUGCGCGCAACAUAUCCACGGCGUUCGUAUUCACUCCCACCACGCGACCCACUCCCCACCCCCGCUGCGACGCUCCGCGUCUUCUAAACUAGUGGUUGCGGGGGAGAUACGGGUGAAGAGGGGGAGGGGGAGAUAGGCUCGACGUUAUCACAAUAUCUGGGGAAUAUUACAGAGACUGAAGUCUGGCUUUUAUAUCAGAAAAAAAAACAUAUGCCAAAUGGAUCUGAAUUAAACGCGUUUCAUCCAUGGUUCACCAGCUUCCUCUUCAAGAUGGCCAGUCAGCGCUAAGCUAACUAGCUGGGUGUACCAGAUUUGACUGGAGGAAGAGGUGCCAGAGGCACCAUGGGAGAUGGAGGAGCCCUCCAUACGGAGGGGAACGCCCUCCUCAAAGCCGUCUUCCAGGGCAAGCUGCGACUGACCCGGCUCCUCCUGGAAGGGGGUGCCUACAUCAACGAAGGCAACGAGCGGGGCGAGACCCCCAUCUCUGCUGCCUGCCUGGCUGGCUACGAGGACCCCCAGAGCCGCCAGAGGAUGGUGCGCUACCUCCUGGAGAAAGGAGCCGAUCCCAACAUCCCAGACAAGUCUGGGCGGACCGCCCUGAUGCAUGCCUGUCUCGAGCAGGCGGGCAAAGAGGUGGUGUCCCUGCUCCUAGAGAAUGGAGCUGACCCCAGCCUCAAGGACUACACAGGCUCCUCCGCCCUGGUCCAUGCCAUCAACAGAGGUGACCGAGACACCCUCCAGGUCCUGCUGGAUGCCUGCAAGGCCAAGGGCAAGGAGGUGAUCAUCAUCACCACCGACACGUCACCCUCGGGCACCAAGAAGACCAAGCAGUACCUCAACUCCCCCCCAUCACCAGGGGUGGUGGACAAGCUCUCGCCCGUGGCCUGCAUGUCGCCCUCAGAGGUGGCAAUCCGGACCUCCAAUUCCCCAGCAGCAGAGAAGGUUGAGGAGGAGGACAGUAUCUUCAGCUUUGCGCUGACAUCAGCCUUACCCCUACCCUCCACUAGAACCCUAGGGGAGAAAAGGCCGCCUCCCCGCAAACUCCUGAAGAGGCUCAACUCUGAGCCUUGGGGGCUGGUAGCACCCUCAGUGCUCAGCAGGGUCCCACAGGAGGGGGUUGAUGGUGGACUGGAAGAGGAAGGUGGGGGUAGGAUCAUCACUGAGAUGAAUGGUCUGUCAAUCUCGGGUCCUGGCAGGCCUCUCCUGUCUCGUCGGCACAGCAUCGAAACACAUGACCCCUGCUCGCCCAAACUCAUUGACCGAUCCUGCUCAGAGGACUGCGCAGCCCUUUGUAGCUCCUCCUGGGCCGACAAGGUCCAACAGCACCAGAUCCUGUACCGCAGGAACACCGCGCCGGAGUCUCAGGAAAAUACAGGCGGACCAGGGGCGGUGGCUUCACACACCCUGGCUCACCCCAAACUUACACGUAUGGAGCACUAUGAGUCAGACACACACCUGUGUCCUGAGUCCAUCCCUGGAUCUCCAGACUCGGGGCGCAUGUCGGUGGAGCGGAGGAAGUACAACGCCUCGCCCCUCUCUCUGCUCACCACCUCCUCCCGGGAGUCCCUUGAGAGCAUCCCCAAUUCUGUCUCCCCCAUCACCAUGCGCAGACGGCCCCCCGGCCUCCUGGAGCGCAGAGGCUCAGGCACCCUCCUCUUGGACCACAUCUCCCACACCCGCCCCGGGUUCUUGCCCCCACUCAAUGUCAACCCCCACCGGCCCAUCCCAGAUAUCCGGGCCAAUGGCAAGCCCACUUCCCCUGUCCACUCUGGUCCCAAGAUCCUGGUUCCAGUUGCCCCUGCCUCACCCAAGAGAGGCCCAGACUUCAAGAUGAAGAAGAAACUGAUGAGGAGGCACUCCAUGCAGACGGAACAGAUGAAGCAGCUCUCCACCUUCCAGGAGAUCCUGACAGAGAAGGUCAUUGAGUCCAAUGGGGACUGAGACUUAAAAGGACAUAUGAGGGCAAGUUGGGGUACAGUGGUGGAUCACAUCUAUCUAAUUAGUCCAUCAUUAUCCUCAACCAGUGCUUAAACCAGGACUACUAACAGGAAUUUGGCUCAUUCAGAGUGAGACCUCAGUCCCAUCCUUGUUCUGUGUCGAGUGCAGAUGGUUAUUUUUAUUUUUAGGUGACCUAUUUUAAUUUGUUGUUUCCUUUCUGUGCUGUCACAGAAAGCUGGUUGAUUGAGUAAUAUGGUUUACAGCAGAUGUUCUUUUCAUUUCUCCUCAAAUGAUUUAUUAAUAUACUAUUUGCAGUCAACAGAAAUAGAAACGUGUUUCUGUGUUUUUAGAUGUUUACACACUGCAAAAUGUGCACCAAUGUCAUGACUAUUGUUAAGUGUGCUGAAUACAUUUUUGUCCCCUCUGAAAUCAGUCACCCUAUCUAUCUAUGACACUUUAAGUCGAAAGAAGAAAUCAACAGUACAUUUACAUUACAUUUAAGUCAUUUAGCAGACGCUCUUAUCCAGAGCGACUUACAGUAGAGAUGCUAGCAACAGCUUACCCUGAAUUGUCAUUCUGAAUGCCCUGUCUUCCCGAUUUUCAAUUAUUGCGUUAGCUGCUUUAAAACGUCAAACUUCAACCCUAAAAUGCUCUCAUGUUGAUGGGUUUGUUUGGGGGAGAAUGAUGCUGCAUUCCAUGAAAUAGCUUUCAAGACAUAUUUCUUGAAGAUUUCACUGUCAUUGUAUUGUUGCUGUUAUCUACUUUCACUGUAUUUAUUUGCCUUUACCUUUUAAUCACUUGAGAUUUUGUGUUUUCGAGAGCUAUUUGGCUAUAUGGUCUAACCACACGCCUGACUUACCCUGACAACUAUCAACAUGUGGGACCCUUUAUGAGUAUCACACUGUAAUAAUGUUAUUAUCAAUUGAUUUAAAAAAAAGUCAAUUGAAGUGCAAUUAAUUUCAUACAAAAUUCCAAAGAAAUCCCAUGAAUGCAUGUUUGUUUACAUUAGAGUGUGUGAAUACUGUAAGAUGGCUUUUAGAAGAAUUAACCUAAAAUAAUUGUACAUUGGUGCUAUGCCUUUCCAUAUGGAAAGAGCUCCUAGCACAUAUUAACUGUAAAUAAUGUAAAGAUAAGACAAACCUAAUUUGCUUAUGAAAUAUGUCCAUGUGAAAUAUGUUGUACUGUAAUGUCAAUGGAUUUCCUUCAUCUAUGGUGGAUGUGAAGUUGUCUUUACAAAUUGUACAUUGAAAGCAAUCUGAAGCACUUCUUAACAUUUACUGUACACAGAUUUGCCGAAAGGGAGACUUUAACGCUCACAGAACUAACAUUUACAGUUACUUACACAUUUAGAUUGUCACUUAUAAAUAAUUCCCAUUUGUAUAUUGUGAGAUUUAAGAGAAAAAAAUGUUUACCAAGCUUACAAUGUGACCGCUUGUCCCGCUUCCAUUUGAAAUAUUUCUGUCUUUAAAGAAAUAAUGUUUAUGUGCUACAAGGUUUAAUAUUGACCUCCUGUUGAUUGAACUGUAUGUAGGUUACUUGAAGUUUAAGAGAAAUACAAACAAAAAAUACAUAUUUUUGUAUGCCUGUUAGGAAAUAGCAAAGUCAAUUCUAAUAUGUAAUCUAUUUUCACGUUUGAACUGGAUUGUAAUUUGAUUGUGAAAUAAAUAUUUGUUAAAUGUUCGUAAGUGAAUUAUAACAACC